AUACUGUAAGAAAAGCAUUUUCCGGUGCUGGCAGUGACGUCAAGAUGUGUAUAGUCCAGCCAAGAUGGCUGACAGCAUCCCGCUAAACUCGAUGCGGAAGGGCUCGAAAAAAGUAGCUUAUUACAACACUCCAAGACAUUCUAGGUAUUCUUUAGAAGAUGAACCCUCUAACUUGGAUGAGAUGCCCCUGAUGAUGUCUGAGGAAGGUUUUGAGAAUGAUGAGAGUGACUACCACACCCUGCCUCGGGCCAGGGCCAACCAGAGACAGAGAGGUCUGGGGUGGCUCCUCAUGGGAGGCUGGAAGAUCCUCUGUGGCAGCUGCUGUGACUGCUUGGCUCGUAUGUGUCGGAGGACGAAGGAGCUGAAAGCCCGGACAGUGUGGCUGGGCCACCCGGAGAAGUGUGAGGAGAAGUACCCCAAGAACGCCAUUAAAAACCAGAAGUACAACUUCUUCACCUUUGUGCCUGGGGUUCUCUACCAGCAGUUCAAGUUCUUCCUCAACCUGUACUUUCUAGUGGUGGCCUGCUCCCAGUUCGUGCCAUCCCUAAAAAUAGGGUACUUGUACACCUACUGGGCACCUCUGGGCUUUGUGAUGGCUGUUACAAUGGUACGUGAGGCCGUGGACGAGGUCCGACGGUACCAGCGGGACAAGGAGAUGAACUCCCAGCUCUACAGCAAGCUCACAGUGCGAGGUAAAGUUCAAGUGAAGAGUUCUGACAUACAAGUUGGAGACCUCAUCAUAGUUGAAAAGAACCAAAGGAUCCCUGCAGAUAUGAUAUUUCUAAGGACAUCAGAGAAGACUGGUUCAUGUUUCAUCAGGACGGACCAAUUAGACGGAGAGACAGACUGGAAGUUGAAAGUUGCUGUUGUUUGCACACACAGACUACCUGCUCUUGGGGACCUCUUUUCCAUCAAUGCUUAUGUCUAUGCCCAGAAGCCUCAGCUGGACAUCCACAGUUUUGAGGGAAACUUCACAAGGGAAGACGGUGAUCCACAAAUCCAUGAGAGUUUGAGCAUUGACCACACCCUUUGGGCCAGCACUAUUGUGGCAUCUGGCACAGUGAUAGGGGUGGUGAUCUACACAGGAAAAGAGACCAGGAGUGUACUGAACACGUCCUCGCCCAAGAAUAAGGUGGGUCUGCUGGACCUGGAGCUAAACCGCCUUACCAAGGCUCUGUUCCUGGCUCAGGUUGUCCUGUCUAUUGUCAUGGUAGCGCUGCAGGGCUUUGUGGGCCCCUGGUUUCGCAACCUGUUCCGCUUCAUCGUGCUAUUCUCCUACAUCAUCCCCAUCAGCUUGCGUGUCAAUCUGGACAUGGGGAAGUCGGCCUACGGUUGGAUGAUCAUGAAAGAUGAAAACAUCCCUGGUACUGUGGUACGGACCAGUACCAUUCCCGAGGAGCUGGGCCGCCUGGUUUACCUACUGACUGACAAAACAGGCACUCUGACACAGAACGAGAUGAUCUUCAAGCGGCUGCACCUGGGGACAGUGUCCUAUGGGACGGACACCAUGGACGAGAUCCAGAGCCAUAUAGGGCAGUCAUACGCACAGCCGAGCUCCCAGACCCAGCAGUCCAACAGCAGCAACAGCUCCUCCCCAUCUAGGAAGCCCCAGCCAGCCCAGGCCCCCAAGGCGGCGGCCCCCAAGGUCCGCAGGAGCGUCAGCAGCCGUAUCCACGAGGCAGUGAAGGCCAUCGCGCUGUGCCACAACGUCACGCCCGUCUACGAGUCCCACGCCAACGGGGAGACUGAGUCCACUGCCGCCGAGGCCGACCAGGACUUCAGCGACGACAACCGCACCUAUCAGGCCUCCAGCCCUGACGAGGUGGCGCUGGUGCGGUGGACGGAGAGCGUAGGGCUGACUCUGGUGAACAGGGACCUGAUCUCCCUGCAGCUGAAGACCCCAGCAGGACAGGUCCUAACUUACUACAUCCUGCAGAUCUUCCCCUUCACCUCAGAGAGCAAGAGGAUGGGCAUCAUCAUCAGGGAGGAGACCACAGGUGACAUCACGUUUUAUAUGAAGGGUGCUGAUGUUGCCAUGGCGAGUAUCGUGCAGUACAAUGAUUGGCUGGAGGAGGAGUGUGGGAACAUGGCCAGGGAAGGGCUUCGGACCCUGGUGGUGGCUAAGAAAUCUCUGUCUGAAGAGCAGUAUACAGACUUUGAGAACCGUUACAACCAGGCCAAGCUGAGUAUCCAUGACCGGGCGCUGAAGGUGUCAGCAGUGGUAGAGAGUCUGGAGAGGGAGAUGGAGCUUCUGUGUUUGACUGGGGUUGAGGACCAACUACAGGCUGACGUCAGGCCAACCCUGGAGCUCCUCAGAAACGCUGGGAUCAAGAUAUGGAUGCUUACCGGGGAUAAGCUGGAGACAGCUACUUGUAUCGCUAAAAGCUCCCAUUUGGUGUCCAGAAGCCAAGAUAUUCAUGUAUUCAGAUCGGUCUCCACCAGAGGAGAGGCCCAUCUGGAGCUCAAUGCCUUCAGAAGGAAACACGACUGUGCUCUGGUCAUCUCUGGAGACUCCUUGGAGGUGUGUCUGCGGUACUAUGAGCAUGAGUUUGUGGAGCUGGCGUGUCAGUGUCCAGCAGUAGUCUGCUGUCGCUGCUCCCCCACUCAGAAAGCCCAGAUUGUCCACCUUCUCAAGCAGCACACAGCCAACAGAACCUGUGCCAUAGGUGAUGGAGGUAACGAUGUCAGUAUGAUCCAGGCAGCAGACUGUGGCAUCGGCAUUGAAGGAAAGGAGGGGAAGCAGGCAUCCCUGGCGGCAGAUUUCUCCAUCACUCAGUUUAAGCACAUUGGCCGGCUGCUCAUGGUCCACGGCAGGAACAGCUACAAGCGUUCAGCAGCCCUGGGCCAGUUUGUCAUGCACCGAGGCAUGAUCAUAUCAACCAUGCAGGCAGUGUUUUCCUCCAUUUUCUACUUUGCAUCAGUCCCUUUGUACCAGGGUUUUCUCAUGGUUGGGUAUUCUACCAUCUACACAAUGUUCCCUGUAUUUUCCCUGGUGCUGGACCAGGACGUGAAGCCAGAGAUGGCCCUGCUGUACCCUGAGCUUUACAAAGACCUUACCAAGGGUCGUUCCUUAUCUUUCAAGACUUUUCUCAUUUGGGUGUUGAUCAGUAUUUACCAAGGUGGCAUCCUGAUGUACGGCGGACUGGUGUUGUUUGAGUCUGAGUUUGUGCACGUGGUGGCCAUCUCCUUCACUGCGCUGAUCCUCACCGAGCUGCUCAUGGUGGCGCUCAACAUCCGUACCUGGCACUGGCUCAUGGUGCUAGCAGAGUUCCUCAGUCUGGGCUGCUACAUAGCCUCGCUUGCCUUCCUCAAUGAGUACUUCGACCUGGGCUUCAUCACGACACCGGCCUUCCUUUGGAAGGUGUCAGUGAUCACCGUCGUCAGCUGUCUCCCUCUCUAUAUCAUCAAAUACCUGAAGCGCAAGUUCUCACCACCCAGCUACUCCAAGCUGUCCUCAUGAGCCAUUUUAAGCUCUAUCCUGCUCACACAACUCCCCUAAUUAUCUUUCUCGUGCUCUCUAUGAUUCCAACCUUUCUUUUCAGCGCUUUUUGAACUGGUCCACAGUGAUUGACAGACGGGGAACCUAAAGAGGUCACUAGAAGCAACAACAUGAGUAGAGUAUUGUAUGGAUUCAUGUCACUGGAAUGUGGUAAUACUUGUGAAGACAGCGCCACACAAAUGCUAAAAAGGGACAGGGAAGGGGUAAAAACAGAACAAAUAACCCUUUGAGGCACUGGACGGGAAGGCUCGGGUCAAUUUGCCUUCUGCACUUCCAACCCAAUUGCUUCAAGUGUCUUUUUUGAAUUUUUAUAACUCGAUGACUAUGGUUUCCGCGUUGAACUUUUUGUAUAUGUAGUUCUGCAUUAAAAGGUGUUUUAUUCAACUUUAUUCAUCUCUGUGCUGAGUAGAGAUACCAGUAUGAUGGUUUAAUUUGUGAUUUACAACUUUGAUUCCUACUCACUUAACGCGUGCACAAUUUUACUACUGUACCCUGACGCUUAACUGUACUUACAAUAACGGUCAGGGUUUUUCUUUCUUUUACUUUUUUCAACAUUGUAGAAUAAUAGUGAAGACAUCAAAACUAUUAAAUAACACAUAUGGAAUCAUGUAGUAACAAAUAUAUUUCUCUAUUCGAUAUUCUUCAAAUAGCCAGAUUUGCACACUUUUGGCAUUCUCUCAACCAGCUUCACCUGGAAUGCUGUUCCAACAGUCUUUGAGUUCCCAAAUGCUGAGCACUUGUUGGCUGCUUUUCCUUCACUCUGCUGUCCGACUCAUCCCAAACCAUCUUAAUUUGGUUGAGGUCGGGGGAUUGCCAGGUCAUCUGAUGCAGCAUUUCAUCACUCUCCUUCUUGGCAAAAUAGUGCUUACACAGCCUUGGAGGUGUGUUGGGUCAUUGUCCUGUUGAAAAACAAAUGAUAGUGGCACUAAGCGCAAACCAGAUGGGAUGGCGUAUCACUGCAGAAUGCUGUGGUAGCCAUGCUGGUUAGAUGUGCCUUGAAUUCUAAAUAAAUCACAGACAGUAUCACCAGUAAAGCACCCCCACACCAUCACACCUCCUCCUCCGUGCGUCACGGUGGGAAAUACACAUGCGGAGAUCAUCCGUUCACCCACACCGUUGAGAUGUCUGUUACUUGAACUCUGUGAAGCUUUUAUUUGGGCUGCAGUUUCUGAGACUGGUGACUAUAAGGAACUUAUCCUCUGCAGCAGAACUAACUCUGAAAUGUUCCGCGUUGACAGACCUUCACGUCUUAAAGUAAUGAUGGACUGUAUUUUCUCUAGUCUUAUUUGAGUUGUUCUUGCCAUCAUAUGGACUUUGUUUUUUGCCAAAUAGGGCUAUCUUCUGUAAACCCCCCUACCUUGUCACAGCACAACUGAUUGGCUCAAAUGCAUUAAGAAGGAAAGAAUUCAACAAUUUUAUAAUUCAAAACUUUUAACAAGGCACACCUGUUUAUUGAAAUGCAUUCCAGGCGACUACCUCAUGAAGCUGGUUGAGAGAAUGCUAAGAAUUUUUGGAUUUGGAUUUGUUUAACACUUUUUUGGUUACUAGAUGAUUCCUUAUGUGUUAUUUCAUAGUUUUGAUGUCUUCAAUAUUAUUCUACAAUGUAGAAAAUAGUAAAAAUAAAGAACAACCGUUGAAUGAGUAGGUGUUCUAAACCUUUUAACCGGUAGUGUACUUAGGGAAAACGUACAUUAACCAAAAUAAGCUACAUUUUGCAAAUGAUUUGUUCUGGGAACAACACCCAACUGACUUUGGAUGUUCUCUCUUUGUACAAUAAGUCCUUUACAUUUCCAGAUGCUGAAUAUCAUAUCAAAUAUCUUCAUGAAUUCCUGAGAGUAGAAACCAGCACUCCAUAGUUAAUUCGAUUUAGGCAAUUGUAUUCCUUGCAUCCUGGCCUUGAACACAGUGUAUUACGCUAUCGGGAUGUGUAUUUGUCAUUGGCUGCCAGCCCUGGUUGCUGGACAUGCCAGUUUGCGUUUGUGCCUCAUUGUUUGAUUGUUGCGUUUUGAAAAUGUCUCUCAUAGCUCUGAUUUGUCAAUCACAGGAUUAGAUAGACUAGCUAGAGUAUUCUGUUUCUUAUUUGAAAGAUCUCCUGGGCCAGCAGCUUGACCACAAGGGAUAUAUAUACCUAGCUGUAACCACUCUCUUCUGACAAUAUUUCACAAUGACCACUGUUCUUUCUCAAUCUUAAACAACCACAGAAUAUUAAGGCUGUAGUUUUGUAGGCAUCCUCUUGACAAUUACUAAUAUGACAGUAUCUCUAUUAACCUCUGAUCAUGUCUUCUGGGCUUGAGAUGAAGCUGACUUCACCCUGCUAUGGAUGCAAAGACGAAACCUGACAGCGGUUUGGGGGAAUGAGUUUUAUCAUUCUUGCCAUGUGAGUGUGUGUGUGUUUUAGUUAGAUAUAAAUGCCUAGUCCAAACACAAUUGAAUACAUGUAUCACGAUGCUCACACUGAUCUAUUUUCCUGAUUUGUCUUUGUAUGUACAGUAAGUGUUGUAUAUUUCUCUGUGGAAGAGGUUGCCAUGUUUUUGUAUCCCAUUUGAGUUGAACUCAGGUAAAUCAUUCCUGUAUGUCCUGAAUAGAAUUGUGGCAACCAUACUGUACACUGCAACGCUGUAUGAGACAGACUGGGCUGUUGUGUUUAUUUAUGAGUGAAGUAUGGACAUGGCUGUCAUUGUAAUACAAAUAUAUAUUUUUUAAGUUAACUUGAUCCCAAUUGUCUAACAAUGUGUUUUCUGUUGAUAUUUAUGCUCUGUUUGUAUGGCGUUAAUCAGGUUUAAUCUGUCGAGGACUUGCAUUCUACGUCAUAGACUGCAAUUUAUGGUAUUACUAUUGAUUAAUGAGCAAUAAAUUGACAUUUUAACAAAUAA